AAGGGGCAAAAGGCCGGCUGGCUCAGGGCUCCAGACCAGGCUUGGCCGCUGCCUACAGUGGUCCCUUCUCCUCCAGCUCGCCCAGCACCAUGAGCGGCCGAGUCGGAGACCUGAGCCCCAAGCAGGCAGAGACCCUGGCCAAGUUCCGAGAGAACGUCCAGGACGUGUUGCCUGCCCUGCCCAACCCUGAUGACCAUUUCCUUCUGCGCUGGCUCCGAGCUCGGAACUUCAACCUGGAGAAAGCAGAGGCCAUGCUCCGCAAGCACAUGGAGUUCCGGAAGGCCAUGGACAUUGACCACAUCCUCGACUGGCAGCCUCCAGAGGCGGUCCAGAAAUACAUGCCCGGGGGCCUGUGUGGCUAUGACCGUGACGGCUGCCCCGUGUGGUACGACAUCGCUGGGCCUCUGGACCCCAAAGGCCUGCUCUUCUCGGUCACCAAACAGGACCUGCUCAAGGCCAAGAUGAGGGACCGUGAGCGCAUCCUGCAACAGUGUGAACUGCAGACGAAGCGGCUGGGGAAGAGGAUUGAUACCAUUGUGAUGAUAUUUGACUGCGAGGGCCUGGGGCUGAAGCACUUCUGGAAACCUCUGGUGGAUGUGUACCAGGAGUUCUUUGCCCUCCUUGAAGAGAAUUAUCCGGAGACGCUGAAGUCCCUGUUCAUUUUGAAAGCCACCAAACUGUUCCCUGUGGGCUACAACCUCAUGAAGCCCUUCCUAAGUGAAGACACUCGCAGGAAAAUUAUAGUGUUGGGAAACAACUGGAAAGAAGGUUUGCUGAAAUCCAUCAGUCCUGAGGAACUGCCUGUCCAGUAUGGGGGGACCAUGACUGACCCAGAUGGGAACCCCAAAUGUUUAACUAAGAUCAACUACGGUGGGGAGGUCCCCAAGUCCAUGUACGUGAGGGACCAGGUAAAGACUCAAUACGAGCACUCCGUGCAGAUCAGCCGCGGCUCCUCGCACCAGGUGGAGUAUGAGAUCCUGUUCCCGGGCUGUGUCCUCAGGUGGCAGUUCUAUUCGGAUGGGGCGGACAUCGGCUUCGGGAUUUUCCUGAAGACCAAGAUGGGGGAGCGGCAGAAGGCGGGGGAGAUGACCGAGGUGCUGCCCACCCAGCGCUACAACGCCCACAUGGUGCCGGAGGACGGGAGCCUCACCUGCUCGGAAGCUGGCGUCUACGUCCUGCGCUUCGACAACACCUAUAGCUUUGUCCACACCAAGAAGAUCAGCUUCACGGUGGAGGUACUGCUCCCAGACAAGGGCAUGCAGAAAUACGACGAGGAGCUCACCCCCAUCUAGGCGCUGCGUCACUGCGCAGAGAUCUCCCACCCCCUGCUUUGCCUAUAGAUCUCCUAUCCUCCCGCCAGAAACUGAUCAUUAGUUCUCCUGAGCCUGACAGUAAUGAGUAGAGAAGGAGCCGCUUUGGGGGAAGAUUCAGUUGCUGUGGUCACAUCAGGAAAGGUAUGAGAGACACAGACUUGGAGGAGGCCGAUGUGGCAGGAGAGAAAGAAGCAAGGGUCACAGCAAGAUGUAGAGGUCACUGAAACCCAAGAAGUAGAAAAGUCAAUCUCCUACCCUUUGCCCCCACAUCUCCUAAGUUGCUUGAAUUUCUUUCCUAAGAACUAUGAGCCUGGCCAGCGUGGCUCAGUGGUUGAGCGUCGACCUAUGAACCAGGAGGUCACGGUUCAAUUCCGGGUCAGGGCACAGGGCUAGGUUGUAGACUCGAUCCCCAGUGGGAGACAAACAGGAGGCAGCCAAUCCAUGAUUCUCUCUCAUCAUUGAUAUUUUUAUCUUUCCCUCUCC